AUGGGUGAGUUACUGCCAUCUCGUGGCUUUAUCGUUUUGGUCAACGGCAAAAUAUACCAAACAAGCACGCCGUUCAACAACGCAACAGUGGAUGAUGGUGGCCCCAUCUUUGCAGAGUGCAUGAUCAUCCGAGAUGGCAUCAUCCAGUAUGUUGGCCCUCAAGCAGAUGCCGAGGUGGAUGCGGCUAUAGCUGCGGGCGCAUCGACAAAGGAUCUGGAGCAUCAGACUGUCCUCCCGGGAUUUAUCGACGGCCACUUACACCUUCUUCUGGUUGGACAAGCUCUCACCAAGGUCGGCCUGGAGGCGUGCACGAGUCUAGAAGACAUCCGAGCCGAGAUCAAGCAAUAUGCCAAGGCCCAUCCGGAUGUACCACGUAUAUUUUGCCGCGGCUGGAUGCAUUCGAUGACUCCUGAAGGCGUUGAUUCUACUUUAUUGGAUGGGCUCGAUCCUCGGCCCAUCUUCGUUGAUACAAAAGACCUGCAUUCAACGUGGUGCAACACAGCUGGGUUGAAGGAGGUUUGUCGUGUUAUGAACAUUGCCGAUGAUGCUCCAGAUCCUGUGGGCGGCACUUUUCAGCGCGACGUAAAUGGUAAACUCAACGGAGUCUUUAACGAGAGCGCCGUGUUCGAGUAUAUAUGGCCAUUCACUGCUAGAGUUGCCUCGAUCAAUGACAGAAAAGAGUCCAUCAAGGCCGCAAUCAAGGCUUUCAACGCAGCUGGCUAUACGGGAAUGGUCGACAUGGCCAUGGACGAGCUCAUUUGGGAGCCCCUGAUUGCUCUGCGAAACGAACAAGGCCUCGGCGGUAUGCGAAUUGCGGCGUACUGGCUCAUGAAGCCCAGUGAUUCCUUGGAGGAUGUCAUGUCGCAAAUCGAUCGUGCUAUCGAGUUGGCUGCACAAUACAAUUCUCAGAAUACUCCAGACUGCCGAAUCGUUGGCAUCAAAGUCAUCUGUGAUGGAAUUAUUGACGCGUGUACUGCUUCGCUUACAGAACCGUACUCGACGGGGACGACCCCCAACCCUAUCUGGCCGGAAGAAUUCCUGAAUCCCAUGGUCUCCAAGGCUCAUGCCGCAGGGCUCCAAGUUGCGCUGCAUGCCAUUGGUGACCGGACGAUUCACAUGGCGAUUGAUGUUCUAGAGAAGAACACGGAUCGCUCUCAGCGUCCACGAAUAGAACAUAUUGAACUCUCCAGUGCUGAAGACGCCGCGCGUCUUGGCAAAUUAGGCAUCACAGCAUCCAUCCAGCCCGUGCACUCUGAUCCAGCCAUAUUGCGAGCUUGGCCAAAAUUGAUAGGCGAGCACCGCUGCAAGCGAGCAUUCGCCUAUCGAGAAUUUGCCGAUGGAGGCGCCCCUUUGGCUCUCGGCUCAGACGCGCCCACAGCUCCGCACCUUCCCAUCCCCAACAUGUAUGUGGCAACGACGAGACGGUCUUAUCGUGAGCCUAAACUGGAGACUGUUGUCAACCCCGAGUUUGCCCUUACUGUCUGCCAGGCUAUCGCGGGGGCGACGCAUGGAUCGGCGUACUCGACAUUUGCGGAUGAGUGGACUGGAAGUUUGAAGAAGGGCCUCAAAGCUGAUUUUGUGGUCUGCGAUGUAGAGUUGACACCGGAAAGGUUGAUCAAAGGCGUUGUGAAAGAGACAUGGUUUGAGGGAGCGCAAGUUUACGGGGCGUCGGAAUAG